AUGCGACAACUACGACCAUUUCUAAUACUUAUUAGUUUGGCAUUGGUAAGUAUCAUUUGUGGACAAGAAAAUCUACAGUGGUGUAAUAAUGGACCUACGACUAGUCCCGAUCCAAAAUGGAGGAAAGUUCCAUCAAGAUUUGAGAUUAUGACCGAACUGGUGUCGGGAAACGAAACAAUGGAACUUUCACAAGCAUUUUCAAUGCAACGUGAUGCGAUUGUGACAAAUUCAAGAUAUGGAUCAAUACAAUUCUAUUGGAAUUUUGUUACUAAUGAGCAAUUUGAGAUUCUAACUGCUAUUGUUAAUCAACAACCAAGACCAACAUGUCUUCGUCAAGUGAUUGGACCUACAUCAGAAACUAGUGUUAUUCAACCAAAUACACUUAUGAUUAAACCAUCAAUUUUACUUGGUUUCGAUCCUCGUAAUCAAAUAAAUUCACUUUGGGGUAAUCAAUAUAUUGGUGAUGAAGAUCUACGUGGUAUUCCUACGAAUAAAUUCAAAUCAUGUUUUGAUGUACCUGACAUUAGAGCAACAGUAUCAGCAACAUAUUAUAUAUCGGAUGCAACAAAAUUUCAAGCUGGCUUACUAGCAAAUGAAAGUAUUAUAUUACAAAUAGAUGUACAAAUAAGAAAUCAAAGUGGUCGACAAGAAGCAUAUAAAUAUAAUGUAUUUCGUUAUACACCAAAUCCUAAUCGUCGAGAAGAACGUCAAGCAUUGGAAACGCCAGCAGGUGUAUAUUGUCCAAAUCGAACGUCUACAUUAGCUGUACCAGAAGAUAUUCCUGAUAGAGUUAGCUCAAAUUCAGAAGCUUUCAUAACACAAGCGAAUAGCUCAAUUUUUAGUACACAUAAUCUCCAUGAUACUGAAUAUCAAUUCAGUCGUAUUGAUCUAUGGUAUCCUGAUCCAUUCGGUGGACCACGUUGGUUACAUUACACUGAAAUACAUGAUUUUGCAACUGGUCUCAGUUAUCAAUACAAUCAUACAAUACAUCAAUGUUCUGUUCGUGAUAUAAACACUGGGUUUAAUGAUGCAGUGGUAGUGGAUGGAAAACCAAAUCUAGUACAGAUGGGUUCACCACAACAUGUAUUUUUAAUGGAUGAUAUUACAUAUCAAUAUACUGGUGAAAAACAAUGUCGUGAUCGUGUUUGGUGUCAUGUAUGGAUUGGUGAAAAAUCAUUACCAAAUAAUACAGUUCAACAUCGAGAAUGGUAUUGGGCAUCAAAUAUUAAUGGUGAACCUUUAGAACAAUGGUUUCCUGUGAAAAUGGUUUUGCAAGCUUAUGCCAGUGGUAUUCCUAUAUAUAAUUGGGAAACAAGUAAUAGAAACUACUGUUGAUUGAAAAAUACAAUAGGCUUGGUUGUAUUCCAAAUAACUUAGGCAAAGAAGUAGCUAGUGACCUCCAGUUUUCAGUAUUCAAAAGAGGACAGAUAACUUUAUCAAAUCAUGUAAAAACUCGACAAUCAGACAGUAGUCAGUAUUGGUCAGUUCUCGGUGAGAAUUUUAGAAAUGCUACCGUUUUAGAUUUUGUCAUUAUGUGUUAAUUGCUAAGAUACUCAUUUGAUAGAGAAGUUCAAGGCCUUUCUAU